GCCGUGCACGGGGCUCCCGCAAUUUGUUCGCACCGGCUCGAGGGAAACACAACGCACGUAGGCAGAGCCGCGGCCGAUCCACUGCCGCCAUUUUUUUGAACCACCGCCGCCUCACCCUCGAAUCCUCCUGGCCACGGGAUUUCGUCCCUCGACCCGAACGAAUUUCUUUUUCGCCGAGGGCAAGGAGCCGGCAACAUGAGGUGUUCGGCUUUUUGCAUGUUGCUGCUAACGAGCGGGCCUCUAAUCACUUAUGCCAACAAGGUAGUACUGGUGAUUCCGCAACAGACGAGACGAAUGUAUAAUGGCGGUUCGGGACCAUCAUGGCAGCCACGUUUCAGAAAAUCGUCCCUCGGUAACGAGGUUCAUUACCAAAAGUAUCAUCACAGCCCUCCUGCACACUAUUUCCCGAAAAAAUCCGUGUACAGAAGCCCCCCGUUCCCCCACGGAGGGGAUGACUUCGAUCAAGGCCACGAACACGUUAAUCACGUGCGUAUUCCCUACGGGAAGGACAUCAGCCAUGCCAUUUCGUUUGGAAAAGGUUAUAUCCCUUAUGACAAGAUCAAAGGCAGUUUCUCGUUAGGUCGCGAGAGGAAGCCAAGUUUGCAAGAACAAAACUAUCAACCGGAACCAGAGUUUUCGUCAACCCAGUACACCUCGUCCGAUUCCGAUUACUUACCUUCGGGACAAUCGUACGAAUCCUCGCAUCCGGAAACCUUCUUCCCCGAUCCGGAGACCGCCUUAAAUUACAACGAGAGGCGCAACGAUCGCAAAAAGUUCUACUCCUCCCGAUCAAUCGAGAAGAAUAUCAUUGGGAACAAUCCUUUGAGCUUCGACAAGGAUCAGAUUCUUCUGCUGCAACAGAAAGGCGUGAAUCUGUACAAGAACGUAUCCCCUCAGCCGCAAGAUGGCGUAUUGUUGCCGAGUGGCGUUCCCUCGGCCACUAUAGGCGGUAGUAAAGAGGGGAUAGUGUUGAGAGACACGGUGGCCCUAGACGAGUACCAACAGAAGCUCCAAGAAAUGACCAAAUCCUGGCCGCAAUUCUUGUCCAAUCCGGCCACCGCUUUUGCCAACAAUUAUCAAAGCCAGCACGUGACAGCGAGUUACUCGACAGAUGGCUCUUCGGUCGGUGGCAUCAGUGGCUCCAUCGAUUGGGCAACGAACUUCGCUCAACCGAAGCGAGGUUACGACGUUAAGGAGGAUACCGUGGAGCAGCCGCAGAAUUUCAGGACGCCUGUCUACGCUUCUUCUUAUAAUACUGUCUCUGUUCCCGUGAGCGUGGCGAUACCAGCUAUCGGGCAGGCUGUUCAUGGAUAGAAAUAUCGAUAGAGUUUGAUUUCAAAUCAUUUAAGCUCUUUGCGAGUACUUUUCAAAUGACAUGCAUGGAGGACGGAUGCACGGACCCAUGUGCAAUUAGAUUAAGAUGUUCGUGGGAUGCGGAGAAAGAUUGUUUCUUUAAAGGUAUAGCAAAAGAUCGAACGUUUUUAAGGUUUAUUACCAAUUUUGUAAUUAGAGGUGAAAUUUAGAAUAAAAAUCGUAAAGUUUAAUAAGGAACGGAUAUGUAAGAUAUUUUUAUUAAUUUAUUACAAUGUAAAUUUUAUAGCGUUUCACUUUAAAAACUUUUUGAACGAAACCAUGAAGUUUUCCAUCACAAGUAUGAUAAAUGACAAUUUGUUCACUUUCAUAUUAUACGGCCAAUAUAAUGCCAAUAUAAAUGGCACUUGAAGUGAAAAGAAAGGAGUGUUUGAAAAAAAGAUUAUUGCAAAUUAUUCUAAAUAUUUAUCUGGAGGUUUGAAAUUGUCACAGAAUAGACAUUUUUAUAUAUCUAGAUUUUGUUUCAGUGAGAAUUUAAAAAUGGAAUAGUCUUCUACAUUAUAGCAGAUUGAAAUUUGAGACUAUUAGAGAAAUUAAGAUUCAUCGAUUGAAAAAUGAGGAUUUUUGAAAGUUGCAAACUUCCUUGAGAAAUUUAACAUCUAUCUUGUAAUCGCAUAAUUCACCUUCGACAUGCAAGAGAGUAUUUGUCAUACUAUGCGUCUAAUAUAUAUGUUCUUCGUACAUCGGUGAAAGUAAUCUUUCUUUUUAUCCACCAUUUUGCGACAAACAGUUAGACGAGAUAGGAAAGCACUUUUCUUCUCUAGAAAGUUAUUCGAAAACCGAGUAUUGUAUUUUUUUUUCUACACGAAACUUGUGAAUCGUUUAAAUUGUACGCAUCGAAGGGAGAAAAAUUUAUUUUUCUAUCCUGUUAAUGUGUUAAUGUGUUCUGUCUCUGUAUAUAUAUAUAUUAGCAUUUGUGCAAUAUAGUUUAAACAUUUAAUUGUCAAAUAAGAACGAUUAAAACAACAAGAUUUUAAUAAAAUAAAACACCAUUCUA